AUGACUGCUGACCAUGAUUCGGACCACAGGGACAUGAGCUUGUUGUCGGUGCUGUCCGGCACGACACGGCUUCACGAGGGCGGCACGCGACACAAGCUGCAGGCGGCCGUCGUCCACCCGGGCUACGACGGCGACACACUGCUGCACGACAUAUGCAUCCUCAAGGUUGCGGAGCCGUUCCAGCUGGACGGCGUGAAGGUCGCCGCAGCGACGCUGCCGCAGCAGGGGCAGCCCGUGCAAGACGGAGCCGUCGCCAUAGUUGUCGGCUGGGGGCUCUUGCAGGAGGCGGACAACCAGCCGUCGGAGCGGCUGCAGAAGGCGGAGCUGCGUAUCGUGAACCAGGAGGAGUGCCGACGCGUGUACAAGACUGUGGGCGACCUAGUGCACGACACCAACCUGUGCGCCGGCGUGGCCCAGGGCGGCGUCGGCGCGUGCCAGGGUGACUCGGGCGGCCCGCUGUUCGUCGACGACGUGCUGGUGGGGCUGACGUCGUUCUCGUACGGCUGCGCCCGGCGCAACUUCCCUGCCGUCUUCACGCGUGUCGCCUCCUAUGUUGACUGGAUAAUGCAGCACAUACAGUGA